CGGUCACCUAGACAUCCUUUGCUGUUCGAUAUAUACAUCGCGGAACAUUUGCCAAGAUGUCGGGACGUCAGCAGCGUGUGAUGGUCCAGCCCAUCAAUGUCAUCUUCAAAAACCUGCAGCAGCGCCAAAAAGUCGUCGUAUGGUUGUACGACAACAUCGAAAUGCGCAUCGAGGGCCGGAUAAUUGGCUUCGACGAAUUCAUGAACGUUGUUAUGGACGAGGCUGCAGAAGUGUACGUUAAGGAGGCGAAGCCACGGAGAGAAAUUGGCCGAAUCUUGCUCAAAGGAGACAACAUCACGCUUAUCCAACAAGUUGUAUAAGUCGUUGUCAUACAUCGCCUGUGUGUCGCUCUUUGGCCUUUGUCCUUGUAAUCACAAAUCCUGCUUGUUCCGGACAUCGGUCGCGCGGAAAGUUACCUCGUACGCUUGCGCCAAACAUGAAUUCGGAAUGCAUUAGAAUC